CAGAAGCGUUCCGAGAGUUAGAUUUGGUGUGAACGAGAAGUCUUGCCCAAUGGGUUGGAAAACAUAAGAAAACUAGGCAUCAUGUCAGAACACCCUUGCCAUAAUCUCAGCAAUACAGAGAAACAGAUCUUUACAUGUCGCCAUUGCAUGGCCAAGUUCUAUGACCCUAUUCAAAGAUGGCGUCAUAGUAAGAGCUGCAAAAAAGAAGCUCCACCAAAAAGCAAAGAUGUAUCGCCAUCACCAAAUGGUACAAGCAAAAGGGAAUACCCUGCAGAGCAUGCAGCAAAAGCCGGGACAAGCAAAAAACGACAGAAGAAAGAAAACCCUCUCAACUGUCUCAUUUGUAAAUCUGUCUUCAACACCCUUGAAGAGAUGAAAGAGCAUGUCAAACAGCCAUGUAACAAGCCAUUUGUUCCAAAAUCCCAGUCACUGGGACAACCCAAUCCAGAUUUAGAGAAUUUUGAACAUCAACUUCAACAGCUACGGGAUGCAAAGGGGGAUGAUAUUGCCACCAAUCAAAUUGAGUCGUUGCUGAAAGCAGCUCAAACUUUGCACAAGCAGCAACAGGAGCAACAAAGGCAGCAAGCACAGCAGCUACAGAAUGUUGAAACCGAGGUGAUACCAGAUGGAGGUAAUCCAGAUUGGUUGUAUAACCAGGGUGAACCAGUGUUGUGUAGUAUGGAAGAAUAUGGAGGACCUGGAUUUCCUAAUUACUCCUCCAUAGAUGGAUCAGAUGGGAUGCAUGUGGUACGAGUUGAGCAGGUAUCCUCAACUCCCCCCAUUGACGAGGAUCGUAGUCUCCAUACACCUCCCAUAAGCCUCACAACAGAGGAGUAUCACCAACUACCUUCUCAGGAAAUCACCUUGACCUCGUCUGGGCAAGAAGCAUUUGUAAACCAUGCUCCAACGACACUUUGUGGACCAGUUAACGUCAACACUGAGAAAGGCCACCUGCAAGCUUCAUUUGAAAUUUGCAAAAACAAUACACAGGGAUGCUCAUCCAAUGACGAGUACAUCCUUUCAACUGUUGGAAUAGUUGAAAACUUGCAGCCACAGACUAUGGCCACUCAGGAAGAACUGAACACUACUAGUGUUAAUCCUGUUGUUCUGCCUAGUGUUUUGCCAAGUGUUAAUCCAGGUGUUAUUCCUAGUGAAGUCAGGCUAGUGGGAAGUGAUGGUGUGACAGUCACAGUGGUCCUUUCUUCUGACACAUCCAGUGAGGUGGUGCAGAAAACAGGAAAUCCAGUGGAUGAGUUUGAUCUCAUUUCACAGGUUAUAGGUGAAGAUUUGAAUGAACAAAGGCCAGUUGACGAAAAAUCCAGAAAAGAUUCAUGUAAUUCAAAAAUUGCUGACACAGCAACAAAUUGUGAUGCAAACAAAGCACCAAAGUUCAGUUUUUCUCCUGUUUCUAAUUUUGUUGAGCUUAAAAACUCUGCAGAAAGUGAGCAAGCAGUUGCAAGUGAACAAGGCACCUUAACUGAAGAAAGAAAAUAUUCUAAUACCUCUGAAAAUUUGAAACACAGUGCUGAUGUCAAUGAACUAGCCACCAUUAAUAGUAAUGGUGAAGAUAAACUAAAAUCAAAAGAAUGUUUAAAUUCCCAAAAUGAUGAACAAAUUAUUGGGUAUCAUUUAGAGCAAUUAACUUCAGCAGCAGCAGUAAACAAAUGUUUAUCAAAUGGCGAAAAAGAGUCAAAAAAUGAAAAUUCUUCUAACUUUCAAGAAAUUGAAAAGAAUCAUGACUGUGAAAAUCAAAAAGAAGUUCAAAAUGAAAGAGAUCAUAAACUAGAAUCUGAUUCUCAAAUCCCUUCAAAGGCAAAAAAUUCUGAAACAUAUGUCAAGUCUGUAUCUGAAGUGAAAGUGAUCAAAAAGAAACCCAGAACUGAACGAAUUCCAAAGUGUAGAGUUUGUGAUAAGCAGUUCAAAACAACUGAGCUGCUUCGAAAACACAAUAAAGUUCCAUGCAUGAUAAGACUGACAAGGAAUCUCACACAGAAAGUGUUGAGGCCAAAGAGACUAGAGAAACCAGUGCCUCUACAAACAAAGAAAAAGAAGAAACAGAAACCAGUCCCAAAUAAGCCAAAAAUGAUCACACUUAUUAACAGAAGGUUUUCAGAUACCAGUCUAGAUUUCAGAAAGGACAAAAAAGGAAAGUUGAAGACAAGAAGGAAAUCUUUGUAUGACUUUAACUUCUGCAUAACAAGAAGUAGUGACUAUAGAAAUGCAAGUUUAGACGUUUUAGUACAGUAUGACUCUCUAGAUGAGAAAGAACAGCAUUUCUUUCAUUUAGGUCUUGUUGCAAAAGUUCAUCUACCAACAGACUACAAGACUCCAAAGUCUCUUAUCAAACAUGUUUUGAAAGAAAAUGGGUCUCGGGUAUUACAGGAUGUUGUAGAAGAAGAAGAUGUGCAUUCUCUAAUAGAUGAACCCCCAGUUUUGGAGAAAGUAGUUGAUGCAGUGGGCAGAAUACAGGAGGAUAUCUACAUUUUGAGGGAUGAAAUCAACCAUGAUAUAGAACCACCUGUUCUGAUGACUGUAGAAGAGUUAAAUAGAAGUUGUCCAAGUGUUGAAGAAGGUAGUUCACUGGCAGUCUUGGAAUGCCCAUCUUUAAGUAACUCGGAUGAUAUUCACUUUAAUAGCACCAAGGGGCCUAUGAAGGAUAAUGUCAAUAACACUAAUGAACUUAAUAAGGAGAAUAAUUUUGAGCGUGAAAAUGUUUUAGUAAAAUCACAACUGACUGAACAAAAUUCAAAACCUUGCACCCCAAGCAAAGUUGAAAAUUCAUCUGAGAAAUUUCCUACGACAGAAGUUGUGUCACCCCUAAAAUCUCCAAACAAAACUCUUGGUGAAAGACAUUUCUUAGAUGCAAUAGAUGUAUCAAGUGACACGUUUUCAGAUGAAUCAGAAUUCACUAAAACCAAGCUAAAAGAUGAUGCCACAAAGCCUUCAUAUAGUGUGACAGUGGGAUUGCAGACAGACAUACCAACAGCAACAGAUAAAAUCAUGUAUCCAAGAUCCUCUUUCAUCCUGAAGUGCCUUAAGAGGUUGGAAAAUAAGCACAAAAAUGUUCCAAACCCUAAACCCUUGACUCAAAAACAGAAUUCAGGAAGGAAAAAUUUAUUUGAAAGUCUGGAAAAUGUUUCUAGAGAUUCAAAAACUGUUUGCAAGUCUAAUAACAUUACUUAUCACAAAGAAAACCAGAGCAAAAAUUUAACACAAUCUUGCAGUGAAAAAAGAGAUACUUCUGACAAUGCUGUAGAAGAAGUCAUAGUGUAUCCAAAACCAGUUGACCCCAAAAAUUUAGAACAUAACAAGCCAACUUUUACAAUUCCUUCAAAUGAAGAGAUUUUAACAUAUGCAGAUGACGAUGUUGUAAUUAGAAAACCACCCGAGCUAGAUUCAGUUAGUCCAGAGAAUGGGAGGGAUCUUCUUCAGAUCAUUGCAAAGACUCUAGGGAUCUUUCCAUCAACAAAACCCAAACAUCAAGAGAGUCAUUUGAAUGAAACGCCAAAGAGAUGCAAGGAAAAGUGCCAAGAAGAUGUAGCAGACCAGAAAGGUGGAAUGCAGAUAAUUGUCAUGAAUAAUACAGCUGAGUCUAAUGAAUAUACCAUGGGUAUUGAUGUCAUAAAUGUUCCCAAAAGCAUCAAUGAUGAGCUGAAGGAAGCUGUAUCAGAGUUAGAAAAUAAAGUUGUCUUUGAAGAUGAUGGAUCUCAAAGGCUUCAUUUCUGUGAUGAUAGUGCAGCUUUGGUUGGAGGACACUCUGUACAGCAGGGAGUAGGAACAAGCCAUAACGUACCAGGGGAUAUAUCAAUACCUGAAGAAGUUUAUGAAUUUCUUGAAGAUUACAACACUAUUCAACCCAGUGCUUCUAAAACUGAUCAAAUACCUACAUUUGUAACCCAGGAUAAUACAGUCAAUAACAGCAUUCAUCUGAUACCUGGUCCUCAAGUUAAAGCCAGUGAAGUUGUGGAUAUACAUUUCAGUUUUUGUUCUAGUGAGUCAUUAGUUCCUCAACCAAAUUCUCAUGUUUUUUCUUUAUCAAAGUCCAAUGAUGAGACUUCCACUAUUCAAGCAAAUCAUAUACAAAGUAACAAAGAGCAAGAAGUAACAAGUGCAGAAGUUUCCUCCAUAAAAACAGGGGAAUUGAGGAGUCAGCAAUUAGAAAAACCAUAUUUGCAAAGUCAUGGGGAUUUACCAAUGUAUGCAAUUCCAGUUGGGUUUGUUUCAGAUGAUAACCAGAACAAGAAAAAAAUUAACAUUCCCCAAAAUGAGCAUGCUGUUUCAACUUUCCUUUCUCCUAAUCAGCAUAUUAAUACUUGCAAAAUGUCAAGCUCCACAACAGUAUAUGAAGAAGGAAGAAUUCAGGUUCUUCAGACAUCUAACCAAGAAUAUGUGAUAGAAGAAUCUCAGAUGAAACCAGCAUUUUCUGACUCUGAUGUGUUUGUCAUUGGAAAAGUUCCUGUUAAUGAUAAAGAGAUUAUGAGUUUACCCUCAGGUAUUCCAGACACCAAUCCAGAUCCAGAUCAACUCUGGAGCAGGAUCUUGGAGGAUUACAAGACAGAGUGUCUUCAGAACCAGAAAACAGAACAAAACAAUUACCUUGGUUCUGGAUCAAUUUUCAAUACCCCGAAACAGCACCAUAGACCAAGGACUUUAAGUAACAUAGAAAUCAAUACAAACCCAUUCAUUUCAAAACCAGAAUUAACCAGAAGUUACAGCCAUAGUGCUAAUUCAUCAUUUUGUGAUAGAUCAAACCAGAAACUUCGUAACUGUGAUAACCGUGAUGAACUCCCUUCCAUGACUUGCUCCUUCUCACCCACUAACAACAGUCAUUCACUAAAACUGAUAUUCAGAAAGGAAAAAUCACCACAAGAACAGCAAACUCCCACAAGUACAAAUUAUAGUGAACAAGUAAGUAGGGUUCCAGAUCGAAAUUUUCAAGAAAAUGUCAUUGAAUCUAAUGUGUCUUCAGCUUUGUCUGAUCCAUCCUCUACUAAUGUGGAAGGCUCUGAGGAGGAGGGAGAUUCCUUACCCUACAUGAUAGUGGACACAGGGGUAGAAAUUUGUAGGAAGGCACUCGGUGCUGAGGAAGAUGAAGACAUGUCAGAAGAUGAAUGGGCUUUAGAAAAAGAAGCAGAUUCACAGAAUGCAGUGACUUAAGAAUUUUCAGUAAUAUUAAUAAUAUUUUAACUGGGUAAUUAUGGCAAGUCUUUCUUAUAAAUGUAAUGUAGUUUUUUGUGUAAUAUUAUGUUAAGUCCCUUUCAAUACAUUUUAGAACUUUUAUUUCCUUUGCAUAUGAAAAUUUAAAUUUUCAAAUGUUUAAGUAUCGUUUAUAUAUAUUUUCCCUGUCUGUGAUAAUUCAUAACAUUUGUGUAUAUUUUAAUGAAGAAAAAUAUCUGUCACAUGAGAGCACUGUGGGAGAACAGUGUUGAAAGACUUACAGAGUUCACUGUUGAUUUUUUUUUCUUUUUUCUUUUAUGAACCAUCACCAGUCUCUGUUUUUGACUACAAUUUUAAGCUAUAUAAGUCUAAAAUUAUUGUACAUAGACAACUAUGUACUGUUGGAAGCAAACAAAUGAAAAAUACAUGUUAAUUUAAGAGCAGAGAUUUAGACAAAACAUACAUUUUGAUAUUGUAUGAAAUCAGUGGUUUCGAACUAUGUAUAUGUAUUGAAGGUAUAUUUUCUUUAAUGCCAGAUUUCAAUAACAGAGAAAGUUAAUAUUGUUCUCAGGUGUUUCAAAUAUCAACUAAAGCACAUCUGUGCCAAUGACACAAUGACAAAAAUAUCAGGAAAAAUCAGCCCUGGUUUAAUGAAAACUGGUGAAGAACUUUAUUGCUAAAACAUAUUUUGUAAGCCUUUAAACAUAAAACCAAUAAAUGGAUAUGAUUUCUGUGCAUUAUUUUGUACCAUUUUCUCCAGAUUUUUAAAUUACUUUAUAGGCAGUGAACUACUGUUCUCCCAAAUGGAUAUUCUUUAGAUACUGUUCUUGUACAUCUAAGAUUUAAUUAUUGCCUAGUAAAGAUAUUUCUACAGUUUUUAUUUUGGCAUCAAAUCUUUUCAGAAUAAAAAUAAAACCUUAAAAAUAUCUCUUAAUGUAGGUCUGUUUCUUGGAAUUCAUUGUGCUUGAAAACUUGUUUCCUAAUCUUAUGACACAUAGUGAUCAUUUUUUGGGAUUGCGAAUUUCUUUACAAAUAUGUAAAUCACUUUGAACAGUACUGGUAGUAUUUCAUUAUAAAUUAAUGAAAAUUACAGACACAAAAAUGUACAUAUAUGUAUGUGGUAGAUACAGGAAUGCAUAAAUAAUCCAUCAAAGUGAAACUCUUUGAGAUGAAUGCCUGAUUAUAAAGAGCAUGCAAUAUAAAAUGUAACAAAACGAAACGUCUUUUCUUCGGUAAGAAAAAAGUUCUUUAAAUAAAGGUGCAUGAAAUAUCUUUCAUUUCAAAGUUGGAGGGCUAAGUGAAAAGAAGAAUAAAGUCUCUAUAUAAAUGAUUUAAUAUUGUACAGUAUGUCAAAAAGUUGUCUGUUUCUAAUUUUGUAAAUAAGAAUGAUGAGAAAUAUUUUGCAUAUGAAUUCUUCAUUAAACACAAUCAUGUUAUCUGGAACCAAACCUUUUUUCAGUUUACUGGUGUGUAUUUUGGGCAUUUACUAUAAAACUUUGUUUAUUUGAUGUAUACUCUUGAACUUUUAUUAUGAUGUUCAAAAAUCGGAAUAAUGCAAGUUAAUUAACAACUAAUGUGAAUGUCAGCUGCCUUGUUCACAUGUAAUUGGGAACCACUCUGUAUAGGAGUCUGUUUUUUGAAUACUAGUUUUUGUUACUUUUUCUUUGUUACCAUUAUGAUUGUGUAAAAUUUCUUUUUUUCUUGCAUUGAAAAUUGUCAUUUUAUUUCUGAAAUCAUACUUUUAAUAUAUAAAUACUGAAAUAACA